CUCCUCCCUCUGCAAGCUCCCACUUGCUCCCCCCGUUGACAUCAACUCGCACCUACUACUCUCUUCCUUCCUCCACAACACCAACACUUCAUUUCUCUCUCAAUUCCAGUCCUGGCGAUGCAACGACUACGUCGACGUUGCUCCAACGACGUCGUUCGUCUCGACCUCACUACCCCACCAAACUCCUCCUCUUUAUCCAUCGACGAUGCAGAAUCCGCUGAGACAAGAAUCCAACGACUUAUAACAGAGCACCCUGUUAUCAUUUUCUCUCGAUCUUCUUGUUGCAUGUGUCAUGUCAUGAAGAAACUCCUUGCCACUAUUGGUGUUCACCCCACUGUCAUCGAAUUAGACGACCACGAGAUCUCCGCCCUCCCUCCCGCUGCUGAAGACGGUUCCUCCCCCUCCUCUCUUGCCCCAGCUGUCUUCAUCGGCGGCACCUGUGUUGGUGGUCUCGAGUCUCUUGUUGCUCUUCACCUUAGUGGACAUCUUGUGCCUAAGCUUGUUGAAGUUGGUGUCCUGGCUCUCUCUCCUGGGUAUGAUAAUAAUAAUAAUCCUAUCAUAUCCUCGUAAUAACAACAACCACAACAACAUAUUAUUAUUAUUAUUAAAAAAGGAGUAAUGAAAUUAUGAUUUUAGAUUUGGGCUCUUAAUCUACUGUUAUUAAUGUAAGUGAACAUAAAUGAUUACUAGCGAGAAAUAAUUAAUUUCUCUGUUUAUUUAAGGUUUUCCGCUACAAUAUUAUAGCAGCAGUAGCAGCAGUACCAGGAGAAAUCAAGAAAAUCUGCUUUCAGUUUAAGAUUAUGUUUUUGUCUUAAAUUGGAUUUAGAUUAAGUAAGUACUUUGUCUGAUUAAAUAUUGUUGGGUUGUCGAUCAAGUCAGUUCUAGUGAGAACAAGUAAUGUGUAAUAUUUGAUUUAUGAAAGCAGUACUUGCAGGUUUUCAAGAUUUCA